UAAAAAGGAAACUGAGAGCAAAAGGCAACUGAAGGGAUAUAUAACUGUCACUUAGUCAGACAAACUCAGACAAACUGCUUUGAAGAAGCAAUGGAGGAGUUCAGACACCUUUCGUAGUCUUGUGAUUUUCCACAUCUUAUGACAAUACUGCUCCGGUCAAUUCAAGAGGGUGGGGCAGGAAGCACACAAACUAAAAGCUUGCAUAAAGAGGAAGAGACUUUCUUGGCUUGUUGACUGGAGCAGGGUAGCUGCCUGCCUGAGGACCUGACAGACUCAUCAGAGGACUCUGUUGGAAGGUUGCCCAACAGAAUAGAGAACACAGCCAUUCUUCUAAAUCCCAAACCUCCUCACAGUCUCACUGUGUAUGUGUCAACGGAGGAGAGAACAGAGAGGACUGUUGGAGAGUGAACCAGAGGAGGAUGAAGUCUAUCAAAUUAGAUCAGUCGGCUACAGUCGAUGAGCUUACGGAGGCCUGCAUCAAAGCAUUUGAUUAUGAAGGCAGGCUGAAUGAUGAGUCUCUGGUCCGGAUGUUUCUCAUGAUGCAUCCAUGGUACCUCUCCUCUGCUGACCUGGCCAAGAAACUCUCCAGCAAGUCGCUGGAGGAAAACUGUCUGCCUGAACUCAGGUCACAAAUCUGCCAUCUUAUCAAGUACUGGAUCAGCGAGUUCCCAGCAGAGUUUGACCUGAACCCAGAGCUGGCAGAGCAGAUCAGAAGGCUGAAGGAGCAGCUGGCUCAGCAGGGAGAGGAGCACCAGAGCACACUCAUCAACGUUGACAGUGUGCCGUCAUAUGAGUGGAGUAGGCAGGUGAGCCAACCAGCUCAGUCUGAUUUCAAGAAGAGGAAGACGUCUCUCCUCUUUGAUCACCUGGACUCAUCUGAACUAGCAGAGCACCUCACCUACAUGGAGUAUAAGUCCUUCUGUAGGAUACUGUUCCAGGACUACCACAGCUUUGUGAUGCAUGGCUGCACAGUGGAUAACCCCAUCCUGGAGCGCUUCAUUACCCUCUUCAACAGCGUGUCUCAGUGGAUCCAGCUGAUGGUGCUCAGCAAGCCCACCGCCCCCCAGAGGGCUGCAGUCAUCUCCCACUUUAUUAGGGUCGCACAGAGGUUGUUACAGCUGCAGAACUUCAACACUCUGAUGGCAGUAGUGGGUGGUCUCAGUAACAGCUCCAUCUCACGCCUCAAAGACACACAGUCACACAUCAGCAACGAUGUGAGCAAGGUGUUCAACAACCUGGUGGAGCUUGUGACAUCCUGUGGGAACUACAGCCAGUACCGCCAGCGCUUCUCAGAGAGCACAGGCUUCCGUUUCCCCAUCCUGGGUGUGCACCUCAAGGACCUGAUUGCUGUGCACGUAGCCCUGCCCGACUGGAGUGACCGGGAGAAGACGCAGGUCAACCUGGCCAAGACCCAACAGCUGUAUGCCAUCCUCCAGGAGCUUGCGCUGAUCCAGACCAUGCCACCCAGCGUUGAUGCCAACAUGGACCUGCUCAACCUGCUCAUGGUGUCUCUGGACCAGUAUCACUCAGAGGAAGAGAUCUAUCAGCUGUCCCUGCAGAGGGAGCCCCGCACAGCCAGGCCAUUGUCUACCCCAAGCCCACCUAUGAUAGAAGAGUGGGCAUCUUCAGUGAAGCCCAAAGCUGACCCCACCAUCAUCAGUAAACACAUACAGAAGAUGGUAGAGUCUGUGUUUAAGAAUUUUGACACUGAUGGAGACGGCUACGUCACUCAGGAGGAAUUUGAGAUCAUUAGGACUAACUUCCCAUACCUCUGCAAGUUUGACGACCUGGAUAAGAAUCAGGACGGCAGAAUCAGUCAGGAGGAGAUGAUCGACUACUUCACCAAGGCCAGCUCUUUACUGAACAGCAAGAUGGGGUUCAUCCACACAUUUUCAGAGAAGACCUGCAUGAAGCCUAUGCUUUGCCAUCACUGUAAAGGCAUCAUGUGGGGAUUUUACAAACAAAGAUACAAGUGUAAAGCCUGUGGGGUGAGCUGCCACAAAGAUUGUCGCAGCCGCCUUGCUGUGGAGUGCCGCAAACGAACACAGAGCACCUGUCACGAAUACCGUUCUCCCCAACACUCCCGUUCCUUCAGUGUGCCUGCUAUAGCUCAGCCGUUACACACUGUACAACAUACAGAGGGACUUUGUUCUCUCUCCCCAGUCAUUACAGAGGAAGCUCCUGACUCCCUGGGGGAUGAAGUGUUUGAUGUCCACCUUUGAGGAG